GGAUGGCUGUGCUCAGAUAGCACCGCGUUUGGAAAUAUUUCUCGCCAUGGAUAUUUUUCUGAUGAAAGGAAAGCCCAGAGGACGGCUGCUUGGCCUGGUAGCAGUCUUCCUGUGGUGCACUGGUUCCGUGCACUGUUUCCGGCCGAGCCAAGACAGCGAGUUUACGUUUUUGCUACCAGCCGGAAGAUUCGAGUGUUUCUUUCAGACAGCAAUAAAGAACGGUUCAAUGGAAGUCGAAUACCAGGUUAUAGCAGGUGCUGGCAUGGACGUCGACCUGACAAUCCUCUCCCCUCACGGAGUCCGGCUUAUCAGCGAGUCUCGCCGUUCUGAUGGAGUCCAUGUAGUGGAGCCCACGGAGGAGGGAGACUACGAAAUCUGCUUUGACAACAGCUUCAGUCGCUUCUCAGAGAAGAUGGUGUUCUUCGAGAUCAUCAUCGAGGGUCAGGGAGGAGAUGUGGGCGGAGAUGACGAGUGGCCAGGGUUAGAGGAGGCUGAUGGAAACCUGCUGGAGUACAAGCUGGACGACAUCAGGGAGUCCAUGGAGUCUCUGCACAAGCGUUUGGAGCGCAGCCGGCAGAUGCAGACCGUGCUGCGAGCGUUCGAAGCUCGGGAUCGAAACCUUCUGGAGGACAACCUGUGGAGGGUGUCGUUCUGGUCGUGCGCCAGCGUGCUGGUGAUGCUGUGCGUGGCCUUCACCCAGGUCUACACCGUACGCAAACUGUUCGACGAUAAGCGCAGGGUCUGCACAUAGAGGGAUCAUUUCGCAGUCUGACACAGAGUAGUUGGCAACAAUAAGAUUUUAUUCAAGAUUAAAAGGUAUUAAAAAGGUUGUGGGGAUUAAGGAAGUUGAAGUUUGAUUUAGUGCCUUUAAUGUCAGCUGAUGCCACAAACCCAGUGAGGAAGCGCUUGUUGUAAUUUACAUUUCUGAAACUGACUGACGCUGGAGUUUUUGUGACCGCAACGUAACCGAGGUGGAAGGACGAUGACGCCACGUCGAUGGUUUUACGUAGGACAACGAUGUGCAAUAGUUUGUUUUUGUGGUUUAAACGGCUGAAGACGCUGCCAUUUUACCUGGGAUUUAAAUUGGUUUUGGACUUUGUGGUCGUUUCUAAAGGGUACUGAUGUUUUUA